AAUCAGUAUUCUUCUCAUGAGCUCGUAGCGCGGAUCGGCGGAGAUUACUAUCCGUACUCUCUAACGAGAACGGUCCUCGAGCGGGGAAGACGAAGACCGAAGACCAAACAGCUCAGUCGACGAGGAGACGCCGCGUUGCGAGGAUCAACAGGUGCGAGCAAACGCCCGUCACUUGAGAAGCAUGGGGAACAUUUACGUCUGCAGCCUGCUCGUCGCACUCGCCAUGCUGCUCGUUACAGUGCAAUGCGGCGACAUAAUGCGCAAGAGCAUCGUCUUCGAUAAGAAUACCCCGGACGUAUUUUACUGUCCGCAACACAAGCCUAUUGGUUUCGAGAAAAUGCUCGUCAAGGCGAGACCGCUUUCCAGGCUCUGCCAGUUUGAGGGCCGACCGAUACCUGAGGAUUACAAGAGCGACUGUUACAAUGAUGUAGAUGAGACCGAGUACGCUUGCAAGGAGAAGUACAGAAUCAUGAAGCGAUUCAAUAAUCCAGAUGGGAAUGCGAGAGUCAUUGACGCCGAGAAGUAGAGAAUAGGAAUGAUGCUGCACGACCGCAAUAUCCACGCAC